AUGACGAGCCGCGUCGCCCUCGGGGGCGCCGCGGUGAGGACCGGCGCGAAUGCCAAGGCGAAUGCCAAGGCUCGCGCGCGUCCCGUCCGUGCCGCCGUCUCCGAGCCCCCCGCGGCGCCCGCCUCCGAGCAGGUCCCGGCCGCGCGCGGCGCCGCCCGCAAGAAGGUGGUGGUCCUCGGCAGCGGCUGGGGCGCGAUCUCGUUCGUCAAGUCCCUCCCGGCGUCCGCGCCUUACGACGUGGUGUUGGUCUCCCCGAGGAACUACUUCCUCUACACCCCGCUCCUCCCGGGCGCCGCCACGGGCGCCGUCGAGGAGCGCUCCAUCGUCGAGCCCAUCCGCCGUCCGAUCGCCGAGAAGGGGUGGAAGUACUACGAAGCCGCGUGCAUCGACGUGGAUGCCGGGGCGAAGAAGAUCACCUGCCGCGCCGCGGAUCCGGAGUGCUUCGACGACAAGGGCAGGGACUGCGAGUGGCACACCUUCGACGUCGACUACGACUACCUCGUCACCGCCGUCGGAGCCGUGCCGAACACCUUCGGAGUCCCGGGCGUCGAGGAGAACUGCAUGUUCUUCAAGGAGAUUGUCCACGCCAGCCGGUUCCGACGCGAGGUGAACGAGCGCUUCGAGCGCGCGACGCUCCCGGACGUGCCCGAAUCGCGGAUGAGGGAGCUACUCACCUUCGUGGUGAUCGGUGCCGGGCCCACCGGCGUGGAACUGGCGGCCGAGCUCUACGACAUGGUGUACCAGGACGUCGCCAAGAUGUACCCGUCGCGGCUCAUCCCCUUCGUGUCCAUCAAGAUCAUCGACCUGCAGGAGAAGAUCCUCUCGGCGUACGAUCGACGGAUCGCCGAGUACGCCACGGAUUUCUUCCAGAGGGCGAACAUCGAGUGCCUGCUGAACAAGCAGGUUGGCGAGGUGAAGCCGGACGCGGUGGUGAUCACCGAUAAGAUCACCGGCGAGAAGUCCGAGGUUCCAUUCGGCUUGGCGGUUUGGUGCAGCGGCAUCAGGCUCAAUCCGCUUUGCGAGAAGAUCAUGGACUCGCUCCCGGAGGGCACCCAGGAGAACCGUCGGUCGCUGGCGUGCGACAAGAACCUGAGGGUGAACGGCUCCAACGGCAGCAUAUUCGCCGUGGGCGACUGCGCCACAAUCGUCCGCCCCCGGAGCAUGAGCAAGGCGAUGGAGCUCUACAAGAGCGCGGCCAAGUGCGACGACGCGGGCGAGUGCGAGAUUGACCUCGACAAGGACCAGAUCAAGGCUGCGCUCAAUAAGGGGGUGGAGGAGUUCCCGCACCUCGAGGAGGUGGUGAACAACAUCGACGACAAGUUCGCCGUCUUCGCGCAGGCCAACGGGCGGUGCACCUUCGACGGGUUCUCCAAGAUGCUCACCGAGGUUGACAACGGCCUGAGGGCGCUUCCCGCCACGGCGCAGGUGGCCAAGCAGGAGGGCGAGUACCUCGCCGCCUUCUUCGCGCAGUGCGACGGCGACGCCACCAAGCUCAUGGGCGACGAGACCAAGUUCGAGUACAAUCACAAGGGCUCGCUCGCGUACAUCGGAAAGGACGCCGCGGUGGCGGACAUCCCGGGGUUCACCAUCGUCAAGGGCAUCGCGGCGGGCAUCAUCUGGAAGUCCUUCGAGACCAUCUCGCAGGUGAGCGUGAGGAACAUCUUCCUCGUGGCGUCGGACAUGAUCCGCACCAAGCUGUUCGGCCGCGACAUCAGCCGCUUCAUCGACUAAUGA